AUGCAGUUUGGCCAUAUACCUUCAAGCACAAUUCUCUCACUUUCAUCAGAUUUGGCUUCAAAUUUCCAAUAUAUUUUUGCAGGAGUUUGAGAUCGAGAAAUGGGAAGCAACAGCACCCCAGUGGCAAUGGAGAUUGGAAGUGAUGGAAUUGUUGUGAUUACUCUCUUCAAUCCACCAGUAAAUGCAUUGACACUAUCUGUGAUUGCCGAAUUGAAGAAAUGUUAUCAAGAAGCAAUGGAAAGGGAUGAUGUCAAAGGAGUAGUCUUGACUGGCAUUGGUGGAAAAUUUUGUGGUGGUCUUGACAUUGAUAUUAUGCGAAAAAUUCACAAGACAGGGGAUAUCUCAUAUCUGCCAGAUUCUUCAGUUGACCUGAUAAUGAACACAAUAGAAAAUGCCAAAAAACCUACUGUUGCUGCCAUUCAUGGAUUUGCCCUUGGUGGGGGCUUGGAAUUGGCUAUGGGAUGCAGUGCUAGAAUUGCAACUCCAAGAUCUGAACUUGCCUUACCCGAGCUGAAGUUUGGAAUAAUUCCUGGUUGUGGAGGCACUCAGCGUCUUCCCAGACUUGUUGGGGUAUCUAAAGCUGUUGAGUUAUUGAUGACAACCAAAAGUAUAACUUCUGAAGAAGGAAAGGAACUUGGCCUUAUUGAUGCUGUUGUAUCUUCUGAGGAGCUCUUAGUUGCUUCUCGUCUCUGGGCACUUGAUAUUGCAGAAGGGAGAAAAUCUCACAUCAAUACUCUUCAGAAGACCGAUAAACUUGAACCCAUCCAUAAAUCUUCUGAGAUUCUGAAAACUGCAAGACAACAUGCGAUGAAGACACAUCCAAAGUUUCCUCAUUACAUAGCAUGUCUUGAUGUUAUUGAAGAAGGGAUUAUUUCUGGAGGACUUUCAGGUGUAUUGAAGGAACGAGAGUUAUCGAGAGAGCUGGUACUGUCGAAACCUUGUAGAGGUCUUCUUCAUGUCUAUUUUGCUGAACGUGCAACUUCAAAGGUUCCCAGUGUUACCAAUAGCCAGCUUAAACCCCAAAAAGUGGAAAAAGUUGCUGUAAUUGGCGGUGGUUUAAUGGGUACUGGCAUUGCUACAGCUCUAAUUGUCAGCAAUAUACCUGUCAUACUUAAAGAAGUCAAUUAUGAAUCUGUUCAGAAGGCCUUGAAAUCAAUUGAAGUUAAUCUAAAUGGCCUAGUAACAAGAGGUGAGCUAAAGUUGGACCAAGUGAAGAAAGCAUUGUCCCUUCUAAAAGGUGUUACAGACUAUGAAGAUUUCAAAAAUGUGGAUAUGGUCAUAGAGGCUGUAUAUGAGGACCGAGAAUUGAAACAAUCAGUUUUUGAAGAAAUUGAGAAGAUUUGUCCUCCUCAUUGUAUCUUGGCAUCAAAUACAUCCACUAUUGAUCUUAAUGAAGUUGGAGCAAGGACAAAUUCCCAAGAUCGUAUUCUGGGAACACACUUAUUCAGUCCUGCUCAUGUCAUGCCUCUCUUGGAAAUCGUGCGAUCAGAAACCACUUCUAAUCAAGUAAUACUUGAUGUUUUGAAAUUUUCAAAAGUCCUUAAGAAAAUUCCUAUAGUGGUUAAGAACUGCACUGGCUUUGCUGUCAACCGAACCUUCUUCCCAUAUAUGCAAGGAGCAGAUUUGUUGGCAAAUUUGGGUGUUGAUAUAUUCAGAAUUGAUCGAGUGAUCAGUGAAUUCGGCAUGCGGAUAGGCCCUUUUCAGCUUUUUGAUUUGUCAGGAUAUGGCAUAUUUCUAGCUGGAGUAGGGCAAUUUGCUACAGCGUUUCCUGAUCGAACUUUCCAGUCUCCUUUAGUUCAACUUAUGAUUGAAAAUGGACGCACAGGUAAGAAGGAUGGAAAAGGUUUCUACCUAUAUGUGAAGGGAAAGAAGCCAGAACCCGAUACAUCUGUCUUGCAAAUCGUUGAAGAAUCUAGACGGUUUACAAAAGUUAUGCCCGGAGGAAAGUCGAUAUCUGUAACAGACCAAGAUAUCUUGGAGAUGAUGUUCUUUCCGGUCAUAAAUGAGGCGUGCCGUGUUAUUGAGGAAGGAAUAGUUAUCAGAGCUUCAGACCUUGAUAUUGCUUCUGUCCAUGGGAUGAAAUUCCCUUCAGAAACUGGAGGUAUAAUGUUCUGGGCAGAUUCAAUUGGGCCAAAGUAUAUAUACUCAAGGCUAAAGAGUUGGUACGAGGCCUAUGGUAACUUCUUCAAGCCCUCACACUUGUUGGAAGAUAGAGCUGCUAAAGGCAUUCCCUUGGGAGGGAAUUUAGAAUGAUGUAGUGUCUUUCAAUGGACACAUGUUUUUAUUGAAAUUAAGCUAUGCUAGAACGCACACAUAUUUAAACAUUUAUCUUGUAAACCACUUUUUGAAUAAUAAUACAGUAUAAUUUGAGCUAA